AUGCAGCGCCGGUCGUCGANCCGGGAACUCGAGGCCGUGGCGGAGGUGUCAACUACUACUACGACGACGACGCAGCCGCCGCUGCUGUUGGUGGGCGAGGUGGUGCUGCUGCCGGUGGGGGACGGCAUGCCCGAGCGACAGCGGAGGCGGCACCUGGUCAUCAACGAGAUCGUGACCACCGAGAGGGACUACGUGCGCGACCUGCAAGUGCUCCUCUCCGUCUUCAUGAUGCCGUUGCAGAGCAAGGGGAUCGUGACGGCGGAGGAGGGCCGACGGCUGUUCUCCAAUGUGAAGACGCUGAUGGCCAUCAACCAGGCGCUCCUGGCCGACCUCGAAGCGCGCGUCGGGGCCUCGCAGGGCAACAACAUCGGCGAAUGCUUCCUCCUCUUCGGGGACUACUUGAGAAUGUAUGCGAUCUACUGCGCCAACCAGAAGACGGCCUACAAGACGCUGGCGCGGUGCACCAAGACCAAUGCCAGCUUCCGCGAGGCGCUGCAGCAGGCGCACGACAACGAGCAGACCAGGCUGCUCAAUCUCGACAGCUACCUGAUCAAGCCCAUGCAGCGACUGUGCAACUUGUCGGCCCUGCACUACUUCCUCUUCUCCGACCUCCUCGUCCUCACCACGGCGCCCGCGAGUUCGAAAGCGGCCUCGGCCAGGAGGAAGAGUGGCUCCACCAAGAAGGUGGAGGUGCAGGCGAUGCUGUCGCUCCUCGAAGCCCAGGUGGAGCUGAACGAGCCGACCAGCGCGGAGGACUGUGACGCCAAGGCCGCCACGCCCACAGUGGAGAUCACGAGCGGCGGCGACGAGUACGUCGUGCCCUUUGUCUCGGCCGACCACAGGUCGCACUGGGUCCUCGCCUACCGGACCGCCCUCGACUCUGCGGCUGCUCUCGCCGACUGCUGA